GGGAGCUUGCAGGCUGCAGAGGCACAUCGACGAUGAGAAAGGAUCGGCCGAGGCGACAGAAGGGGCAGGAAAAGCUGCAGCAGAGCUCGGUCCUGUCGGCGUGGUUCCGGCUGGAUUCGUUUUGCAGGCUGUUUGGGAAUACUUAAACCGGGCGCAGAGCCUGCACAAGAAUGUGCAGUUUUCAGAGGGGCGGAGACAAGCUUGCCUUGCAUCCAUAGCGAGUAAAGCGGCGUACAGGCAGCCUCACUGUGGGCUGCAAGGGAGAACAGCCCAAGUUUACAAUAGAGACGCAGUGUCUCUCUCUCGGUUCUUCUGGGCCAUAAUGGGUGGAUGUUUUUCGGUCGCGGGGGCGAGUAACGCAGCCCGGUAAGCAUUUUUUUCGGUGCUGCUGAACAAACCAGAAUCGUCCAUGGUGAAGUGACACUGGGACUCGAACAAGUGACCCGCCUAGCAGAGUUAGAAGUGCGCCUAUUGUGGAGAGACGCAACAGUGUGCCCGGGAGGAAACACCGCAGGGCUUCACGAGACGGAUCCCAGCCGGAUUUUCCUGCGCGUAAUGUGAACGAGCACCUUCCGCGACUGUUCGCCUGUGGGGCGGCUGUGACCGGACUGUCUGGUUUGUUUUCUCCAUCCACUUCCAGCUUGCAUGGAACAAAGUGUGCUUUAUGAAACGUAACCUGCGCCGUGAGGUGGGACCUGGUGGUUUGUCAGCGCGGGCUUGUAUGUCGUAACAUUUGUCGCCCAAGAAUCCAGCGUCUCUCCCGAAACCAUCAUGAGGACCACCGAGGAGCCCGAGGGCUUUGACGGCGAGGCCUCCAACACCUCCAUGAUCUCCGGGGCCAGCAGUCCGUAUCAGCCCACCACCGAGCCCGUCCAUGCGAGGAACGUUUUGGGGGGCAUGAGGUGCGACGUGGAGUACCUCAGGUCGUACUUCGGCAUUUUAAAGGUGGUUGAAGUGGUCCUAUCACUUAUUGGCUUCAUCUGCAUAGAGACCAUCAUGAUGUGCUCUCCCUGUGGAGGGGUCUACUUCUUCGAGUUUGUCAGCUGCAGUGCCUUCGUGGUGACGGGAGUCCUCCUCCUGAUCUUCAGCCUCAACCUGCACACCAAGGUGCCCCAUGUCAACUGGAGCCUAACGGACCUGGUGAACACUGCUGCCAGCACCUUCUUCUUCUUCUUGUCGUCUGUUGUGCUGGCCUGCAUCAACCACAACACUGGAGCUGAAAUAGCAGCGGUGAUCUUUGGCUUCCUGGUGACAGGUGUGUAUGGGGUAAACACCUUCCUGGCGGUACGGAGGUGGCGUCUCGGCAACGGCUGUCAGGGGGCGCCUCAGACCAGCGAGUACAUGCGUGCGCGCACAGCAUCUCGCGGAGAGGUGGAGGCGAGGCCCGAGCUCGCGUGAGCGCUGGCCAACAAGCAGACGGACUAAGGGAAAGCCAAACUACCGGCAGCUGAGCGAGACGGACGCCACUCCUCCUUCAGAAUGGUAUUUCAUUCAAGUCUGGAGAGGAAGGGCCGUCUCAAGCUCACCACGCGCUUUUGACUUCUCAUCACGACACCUCAGCUGUGCUUUCCGCCUGCCCAGCCUCUGAAUAAACCUUCAUUUCAUAGCCACAGACGAGCUCCGUAUGUGGCUUUGUUCAUCAGGCCUCAGUGACAUAUGGAGACACUAAAGUGAAGAGUCAGAAAUGAAGGUGUUCUCUCUUUUCAUCCACAUAUCUUUCUAAAUCAGCGUGAAGGAUGACUUUCACGAAGAGCCAAAAAAAAAAAGAAAAGAAAAGAAAAGAGGCUGAUUUCCAGCCGCACACCAACUCCUGUUCUGGCAUUUUUGGAAAGUUUUGUGUUUCACUGUGAAUGAAGUUGUGUUAAAAAGAAGGUCGGCUUUUGUACAGUUUGCUUCUUUCAAGCCGCUUCCUGUGAAGUCUGCGCUGAUUAAAACGCUUGUGGAUCCAGGAAGCCACUGGACCAGCAACAUACAGCAACUUGCAGUGCAACAGACGCACCACGGCUUCACUGUUCUCUCUUAGACACUGACAUCAUCCUUCUACCUGUGAACAAUCAUUAGAUAUGUUCAUCUAAAAAUAACACAUGCUGAUUAGAAGAGUUUGUUUCUCCUUUACAACUUUGAAAGUCUCAAAAUAUUUCCCGCCAGCAAUUAUGCAUAAUCAUAACAGCACAGGGUAAUUCUUAGCUGCAAUAAAGACGGGCAGUGAAACAACAUUUAGAAUAUUUGAAAUGAGUGAAAAAUACUUACUCUAUUUUUAAUUCCAUCUGUUUUAUCCGAGGUUGUCCGUAAGUUACCCAAAAAAACAUCCGCACUGGAAUUCCUGCAGUUGAAAUCUCGAGGUGUGUGUUCGGUCAGCACUGUGAGCCGGCUGUAGGUUAUAUCAGGCGGUGAUAAUUGGUAUCUCGUGACUUUUGCACAUGUCCAAGGCUUCAGGUAACACAAAUGUUGGCGGUACAUUCAUUUUGAAGCAAACGUCAGUGGUCGAGAUCAAUGCCCGUAGCCUAUACACUGUAUCUCAGGUAUUGACACACUCCUUUCCAACUUUGACUCUUAAAAAAAACAAAAAACACAUUUGAAGUGAAAUCACAGGGUGCCUCGACCUGAACGCUGUAUCUCUUAAUGCCUUCCUAAUUAGCAGAGUAUCACAGAGAGGAACUGACACUUUAAGUUAAAGUGAUGGAGAGUCACAUGAAGGUGAAGGCAGGUGGGAUGGAGAUUAGGUACAUUUAGCGUUAUUGUCAUUCUGUAUUUGGUUGAAUUAAAAUGUCUGUGUAAGUAUUUACAGUAUAUUAUCACACUCUUCAUGUAUUAUGAAAUCUCUUAUAAUUCCACAUCGCAGCUUUUAUAAAGCUCAGACAUACAGAGUGCAAAAUCAUUCCUUGAAGUUUUUCUGUCUGGCCAGUGUUGUUGACAGACAAACAGGAGGCUUAAUCCUGAAAAAUUACGAUACCUUUUAGGAUGAAGGAUGAAGAUUAAUGUCUUGCGUUGUUCUAACGUAUUGAAUCCUCGAGACAUUUACACAUGUGCGUGUUUUUCGUUGUUGUUUGAGACCUUUUUAUGUAUAUCGGGUGAGUUCGUGCAGGGUCUGAAUCGACUCUAUGGCUCCAUCUCCUGGUCUUCACCUGAAAUGCUUUCCUUGUGACUUCAGUGGAAUGACUGUACAGCGAGAUAACUACAGCAGUGUGUGUGUGUGUGUGUGGGUAAUGGAAGGACUAGAAAUGUAUUUGACUGUGGGUUAAAAUGAAAAAUAAAACUGUACGGCUUCUAUACACACUAUACAGUGCGCUUUUCUCAUCUUCUGUGUAACUUAUGUCAUGUACAAUGCGAUUUGGAGGUCGUUUUAUGAAUAGACAAUCAUAUCUGUUAUUCUGUCUGUCACUUACAUUGGUGGGUUUGUUUUUCGGAGUGAUGUAAAAAAUGUUCACGUUAGCAAUUGUACAGCAAACUUUGCCGCACAAUCAUGCAAGUGCAUUACGCUCUUUGAUAAUACUGUAUAAACUAACCAUCAUAUUUGUCACAAACUAUCAAGCUGCAGCUCUCUAUAUACUUUAUGCUACAAUAUGUUAUGAACUCUGUGUAUUUAUGGGGAAGAGAGAAAAUGCUUUCCACUAGUUUCCAGAUUGUGCUGUAAACAGCGGCCGUGAUUGGUCUGGCUGUUCGGAUGAAGUUAGCGGUGAGAUGCUCUUCUGUUUCCUUUAAAUUCUGUGUGCUUUGUUCAUGAUCACAACGAGGUCUGUCCUGUACAGCAUGGAGCCGUACUUAGCUGUAUUUUUUGUAUUUAAAACAUUGACAAAAGGCUUCAUAUUAGUUUAUAGUGACAAUUGAAAUAAAGUGAUUUGGACAUUA